GGGAAAGCGUCUAACGGGGAGAGAGAUCAAGAAGAAGACCUUGGCUGAGAGACGACCCACACUGGAGAUCGACACCCUGAGAGAGGACGCCCUGAAGUCAGUCCUGGCCGAUCACACACGCCUCCCCAAGCCAAAUGCACAUGGGCCUAAAUCUUCCUCACACCACCACAUCAGAGUUUUCUAUAAUUCAUGUCCAAAGCCCACCCACCUGGCUACCAACUGUGUUGCUAUGUUUACCAGCUGUUACCCCCUCCCACCUUCUCUUGGUCUCCCAGGCAACGAGCUCAGGAGAUGUGGAACUGGAUCUACACGCUGGAGUCGGAUAAGUUUGACUUCAUUGAUCACAUGAAGAAACAGAAAUAUCAGAUUAUCGUUCUCUUGAAUAGAAUCACAAGUGCCCAGAAAUUUAAAAAAGGUCCAUGGUAAGGGGAAGGUUGGCGGUCGGUGGAAGUAAAGAAGCUCCCGCUCUCAUAGGGCUGAAGGGAGAAGACAACUUUAGAGGGAACAAGAAAGGAGGGAGAUCCCACCAUCCCCUCUUCCCUCUUUCCUCUCUUUUUAUGGCCCCCCUCUUCUUUUGCAUGUCCUAGUGUGUUAUUGAAAAAUACAAGUUAUAAUAAUGUAAUGUAAUAUUAUACAAGUUAUAAUAAUGUAUUGAUAAUAAAACUGUGUACACUCGCUGA